AUGAGCUCCCUCGUCUCAAACGUCACCAAGGCAGCAACCACGGUUGCCACAGCUGCUACUGACGCUACUACGUCGGCUGCUACCACUGCUGCCAAAGACACUACGAGCAUUGCUCAGAACUUCAGCAAAGAGCUGGAAACCCUUCUAUCCAACUUGACUGGCGAAACACAGCAAGUACUUCACGUCUACUCCUACGACACUCAUACCAGGGUAAUCAAGGAGAAGGCCUGCAUUGCCAUGAAAAAUGCGGAUCCAAGCAAGAUGAAGCUUUCCAAUGUCCGUGAACUGCUAGUCAGCGAGAAAGUCCUAGAACCCAGACUGCUUUGGAGUACCUUUUGCAACCAACGUGGAGCAAAGGUCCUGGACAGCCAUAGCUUUCAAGCAUACCUUGAUAUCUUGAAUGAGAAGGAGAUCGCGGCUGAUAAUGCCGACACUUACCGAGUAUACCUGAGAUAUGAAGAUGAUCAGGUUUCCUUCCCUUGGGGCGGCAAAGUCAUCGUGGACAACAAGAUCGCAGGCGUGUCUGCUACUGAACAGCCUAAGGCUCCCCAAGUGCCCACCACGUUCAGCCACAACAUCUUUACCAAUCCAAACACCACCUUCGCUGUUGUCCACCCAGCAGAUAUGUCGGAGAAGCACUGGAGUGUUGUCAUCCGUAACAACAGUCUUCUCAACGCUCACCAGGUCGUUGAAGUCGAUGGCAAGGUGGGAAAGCUUGUGGAGCGCUCAAUGCAUGCCGCCUUUAUUCUUAAGCCCCGGCCUUUUCUGAACUACCAGAUCUCCGACAGUGCUGCGUCGGACUCUAUUGCUAAACAGAAGCAAAUGCUGAGAAUUCCCCGCUUCCGCAUCGAGGAUGACUCGUAUGUUGAGCAGUUUGAGAAGACAAAGUCUGUCUCGCGUGCUAUUGCACAGAGCUCUUUGUCGCAGACUGCAGCUGAGAUGGCCGUUUCAGGAGGCGCGUUUGGCUACAAAGCCAGUGCAUCCGCCAGCUAUAGCGAGAAUAACUCAUCUUCUACGGCUUCUACCUCAAGUGAAGAUACUAAAGUACUGACAAUUACUUACAAUUUUCCACGGGUCGUUGUUGACCUCGACAACCACAGUCUAGACCUUACCGAGGAAUGCAAGGUUGACUUGCUGUCUGUGGACUCAGCUGCUAGUAUUGCUAGCUUCAAAGAUAAAUAUGGUCGCUUCUUCGCUACUAGGGUUCAACUAGGUGGAAGGCUUCUUUCUUCUGAAGAUAUCACUGCAACAACUAGCACUGCCAAGUCUGAUCAGGCCAAGGCUAUGAAAGCGGCAGCAGCGCUUUCGUUCUCCUCUCCUUAUGUGCAGGCCUCUGCAAAAAUGAGCACCGACAAGUCCUCCACUUCGAGCUCGGAUGCUUCUAACGCUGCUUCAACUAAGUCGAUGUGUUGGGAAGCCAAGGGCGGCGACACCUUGCUCUGCAAUGAUCCACCCGCAUGGGCCGCCACCGUGGGCUCAUUCUACUCCUGGCGCGCUGUCAAGCAAUCAAAGGUGGUCGCACUGGAAGACGUCAUCUCCACCAUCCCUGGCUACCAGUAUAUCAAGCAGAAGUUCGCGGACAUCCUAAAGAACGACCAGCCGACGAUGACCACGGUAUCCGUCGGGUUCCAGAUCUCACAUGGACCUGACCAGAAACUUCUUACUGUAAACCCUACUACCACGGAGACCGAUACCAUCGAGACCGCUGAUCUCGAUAACUUCGGAUCCGGCGUCCUGGAAAUGGCCUCGACAGUGACCAUGACUGCCGAACGCUACGAUUAUCUCCAUAAACUCAAUGCAAUCACCAUAGGAUCCGAAAUCGUGGGUCUGUCAUCGAAGGAUACUAGCUCGAAUAGCCAGAACUUCUACGUCGACGUGGCAACCUCACAAGGCAAGGAGGUCAAGCAGCUCAAAUACAACUACCCGUACCGCAUCUACAACAAGUCCAGUACUACUGACAGUAACCAGUCCUGGCUCUCCUCGAGUCCCGCUCUUCCGGGAUAUGUCUCGACAUCUCUUGUCUAUGCCAGCACGAAGCAUAUGGCCUCUGCCUUCCAGUUCAGAAGUACUACCAUUGGUGAUACGUCUGAAUAUAUAACAAGUGGAUCACGUGUUUAUAUUAUUAUGUUUGAUCAUAAUGGCACGGAGAUUGGCAAAGCUGCUCGUCAGCCGGAUAUUGGUGACCGUGUUGGCGUUGACUCGGAACGGUUUGGCUCAAUUAAGUUGGAUGAGUUUACUUUGACUUAUGUUUGA